ACCCACUCUGAGACUCACUUAUCAACAUUCCACAUUCAUCAUGCUGGUUCAGUUUUGACCUUUUCUACUGAGCAAACAGAAGGAACUAGCUGGAAACUGGUUACUGCUAUUUUCAAGAAUUCCAAGGAAUGCAUUGACCAGAAAGUGUAUCAAGCUGAAAUUGACAAUAUUCCAGCUGCAUUUGUAGAUGGAUCUGUAAAUGGUGGUGAUAGAAAUGGGGCCAACAGUCUUGUGAUCAAAGAAAAGUCUGAUGCUGGCCAUGUGGAAAUCCAGGCGAGUUACAUUGGUACAACUCUGUUAGUGCGCCAGGUGGGGCAGCAUCUGGGCUUUGCCAUCCUCAUGCCUGAGGAAGUAGCAAGCUCACAUACAGAGGAGCAGGAUCAGCAGCUCUGUGUAUCAGGCUGUCCUUUCACAGAAAGACUUCCCUUGAACUCCCCCAUUGACAAUGAAGAAGGGGCCAAAGCCAAAUGCAAAGAGAAACUGCAGGUGGAAGACAUCUAUUUUGAAUGUUGUGUCUUUGAUAUCCUGGUGACUGGUAAUCCCAAUGUGUCGUUAGCAACAUUCAGAGCUGUGGAAGAUGCCAAAAUUUUGCACCCUGAUAAGGAGACAUUUCAUGCUUUUAGAAACAGUGUGGCUGGCAGGCCGACUGUCUGCUGCAUGUUUCUUUUGGCUUCUGUACUAUGGAUAGUGUUUCUGCAUUAAGCAACUUUCUGUUGUGUCUGGAGCCUUAAAAGAGAGCCAAUGACCAAUCUGAAUGCAUUGCUGUUCCCUCACACUGAGUACUCAUGUGAAACCACAAACCCAGCCCUGAAGUUACCCCCUUCUCAUUUUAUUCAACUAUUUUUGAUGUCAACAUAAAAUAAAUAAUUCAGUGGUGGUGCCUCUUCCAAAUGCAGAAGACUUUCCAAAAUAAUAAAAUACUUAACUGUUGCUUCAUUUCUAAAAUUAUUAUCUCAUAUAGAAAUGCACAUAGCCCAAACUGUUAAACAUUCAGACACACUCGACGAUGGCCUUGUGAUAUUAUCGUUAGACUAUUAAUCCUGAAACUGAAGUAAUGUUCUGGGGACCCAAGUUUGAAUCCUGACAUGGCAGAUGGUGGAAUUUGAAUUUGAUAAAAAAAGUCUGGAAUUAAGAAUCUAUUGAUGACCAUGAAAUCAUUGUUGAUUUUCAGAAAAGCCCAUCCAGUUCAGGGAAGGAGCUCUGUCAUCCUCACCUGGUCUGGGUUACAUGCGACUCCAGACCCAUAGCAAUGUGGUUGACUCUCAGUUGCCUUUUGGAAUGUUCUAGCAAGCCAUUCAGUUGCACCAAUCGCUACAAAAUCUCAAAGAAAUGAAACCAGAUGGUUCACCACAUAUCGACCCAAGCACAAGAAAAGACAAUGGCACAAACAGCAAUGUGGACCCUGCAAACUCCUCCUUACUGACAUCUUGGGGCUAGUCCCAAAAUUGGAAGGGCUGUCUAAAAAACUAGUCAGCAGCAGCCUGACAUUGCCAAACUCACAGAAUCAUAUCUUACAGACAAUGUCCCAGAAACCACCAUUACCAUCCCUGGACCUGUCCUGUCUCACUGGC